UCCUCCCUCCCGCGGCGCAUCCUCCCGCCCCCCGCCCUCGCCUCUCCGGCUCUCGCCGCCUGCGGGGCUGCCGCCGGGGUGGUGCCACAGCGCCGGCCGGGAUGUGCUGAGCAGGGGCCGCUCCCGCCGCAGCCCGCGCCGCCGCCGCCGCCGCCGCUCGGAACGGGUCGCCCGCCGGUGGCGGAGGAGCCCGGCGAGCUCUGUGAAGAAAGUCUUCAGCCAUGGAUGUGUUCAUGAAAGGGCUUUCCAAGGCAAAGGAGGGAGUCGUAGCAGCAGCAGAAAAAACCAAGCAGGGUGUGGCAGAGGCAGCAGGAAAGACGAAAGAGGGAGUCCUCUAUGUGGGUUCCAGGACCAAGGAAGGAGUUGUUCAUGGAGUUACAACAGUGGCUGAGAAGACCAAAGAGCAGGUGUCCAAUGUUGGGGGAGCUGUGGUGACAGGAGUGACGGCGGUGGCGCAGAAGACGGUGGAAGGAGCAGGGAACAUUGCCGCAGCCACUGGCUUGGUGAAGAAGGACCAGUUGGCCAAACAGAAUGAAGAAGGUUUCCUGCAGGAGGGAAUGGUGAAUAAUACAGGUGCUCCUGUGGAUCCUGAGAACGAGGCUUACGAAAUGCCUCCAGAGGAAGAGUAUCAAGACUAUGAGCCUGAAGCAUGAGAGACCUUUCCUUCCUUUCUUUCACCUGAAAUCUACUAACUACUAAAGACGUCCCAUCCUGUACAAGUGCUGAGUUCCAAUGUGCCCAGUCGUUACAUUUUUUUACAGUUUUUAAGGUGUAUUUUGAAGUCUUCCAUCAGCAAUGAUUGGAGUAUCUGUGACUGCAUCCACCUUGUUUCAGCAUUUCCCUCCUGCUGAAAUGAAAGGUGGUUGGCAGGGUCAUUGUUGUGCUGUGGAUAUUGUGGCUUCAAGUUUAAAAGUUAAAAAAGAAAAUAUAAAAUAAAAACACCUAAGUGUCUACUGCUUAUUUCUAAUUCUGUACAUGUUUUGUUGAUAGGCUGUCAGUAAUUUGAUAUUGUUUAUGAUACAGUUUUUAUUUGUUUCCUAUGACUAUUCUUUCUGUGCAGAGAUGACUUAUUGUGAGAGCUUUAUAUAUGUGUAUGUAUUAUACAUAUAAAAAAAGUAAUUGAGCAUGAACUAUGCACCUAUAAAUAUUAGCUGUUAAAAUUUUAUUGUUUUGUGAUGUGUUUUAUUAACUUGUGUCUGUAAAUAAUGGUGUUCAACUGAAGCAAAUAAAAUGUAACCCAUUAAAAAUUAA